AUGAUUAAAGCUUUACUUGUCUGUGUUUAUGAAACCAAAAGUGUAAAAUGCAACUUUAAAAAAUAUUUGGUGGUAAAUGAACACUACACACCACCUCCACGUGUAGAAAAAUGUAAACAAAUACACUCAAAAGCAAAGCAGAGGAAACAGCUAUCAAAAAUAUCAAAUAUGCAUGCAUCAAACGAAGUCCGUGUGUUUGUUAAACAGUUCGAUAAUACAAUUCAAAACACCAACGAUAAUUAUAAUCUUAUAAUUAUAUGUGAAGACAUUGAAAGACUUAUAAAAUAUGAAAAAGAAACAGAACUUAAAAGUUUUUCAUUUUCAAAUUAUUCAGAAUCAAGAGCAUGUUUUAUAAGAAAUUUUUAUAUGUCAGUUCUGAAAAGUGCUCUUAAUAACAUUUCAACAGACAUACCGAAACAGUUGUCAGCCCAUGCACUGAAUUCUUUUUUACAGUUCCUAUUUUUGAAUGGAAACUUCAAAGAUUCUCUCUUAACAUUAGCAUGGGGAAUAAAUGAAUUCAGACCAUCAUAUAGACUGAAUAAAUGUGUAACUCUGUUGGAGGAGUUUCUAAGGUCACAUGUUCUGUGUAAGAUUUUCAAGCAGCAGUGUUCAGUAACCAGUCAAGUGGAACAGACUUAUGUUUGGGAUGAGUUAAUUAAUGCUAUUACAAGUUUACCUGAUAAAACAGCAAAUAAACUGCAAUCACAAAAUAGUGAAUUAUUUUACCCUAAAUGUUACAUAACCAUGGUGACAAAAGAUAUAAUAACAGUUCUGGAUGAUAUGGUCACCUCCUUUAAAGCUAAUAAAGAUAUCCACCUAGAAUUUAUAAGUCGACUUAUUGGGAAACUUUGUAUAACAGGCUAUUCUGAUAUUUUGAUGGAAGUUAUGGUUAGUUCUCUUGCUCCUUUAUUGAAGGAAGAUUUUAUAUGGUGUAGAAUCUGUGAGAGGAUCAUCACAGGGGUACCAGAUAGAUGUCUAGAAAGUGUUUUAUUAUCAAUGAUAGACAAGUUACCAUGGUAUGGUUUAAUGGACAAAUUUCUAGGUGAUAGCAUUUUGAAGAAACAUAAAAUUCAGUACUUGCUGUGUACUAAAAUACUACUCUUUAGACACUCUGAAAAGAUUCACAUCUUACAAAAUGUAUUGGGAUAUUUAGGAACAUCACAUACAAGAAGACAUCUACUAAUUAAGUCCUUUAAGGAAUUAUUGAGUGUAUGGGGAGACAAUAGUGCCAUAAGACAUACCUCACCAGAACAACAUCUCUACCUUACCAGAGCUUUGUUUAUAAGUUUGGGCUUCCUUACAGAUAAAGACAAAGAAACUCAUAAAGAUGAAUUGAUAAGACUUAUCAUGCCUGGUGUACAAGCUCAUAUAGGAAACUCAGAUCAUAAGAUCAGAACACAAGGAAUGGUUUUAGCAGAAACAUUAGCAUCAGUUAUUGAUCCAAAUGGUCCUAAACUGAAGUUUGAGUAUGAGAAAGACAAAGAAACUACAUCCUUAUUGGAGCUGAUGAUACCCCCUUCUGAUCCUGGUUUAGAAAUGUUACAAAAAAAAUUUGAAGCAAUACAGUUAGAGCAGACAGUAGACACUAAGAUGGUGGACACAGACAUAAAAACAGCUGAAAAGAUGGAAAUUAGAACAGAUGUAGAUUCUGAUUUAGAUAGCGAUGACGAUUUAGUGCCAUACGAUAUGUCAAAUGAUGUUAAAAUCACACAGGUGAAAGAACCAAAAUAUAUUAGAGAUUGUAUGGAAGGGCUGAUAUCUAAUGAUGAACCAGAGAGAACAGAGAUAUGUCUAAAAUGUUCCGAGAGGUUGAUCAGGAAACAUCCAGAUGGUUUAGAAGAGAUAGCUACUGAAUUUACAAAAGUUCUAUUACACUUGGGAGAUAAGUCUUCAACGCCUGGAUAUACACAACUGAGAUUUAAAGCUAUGGUUUCACUUACAGUCUGUGUUCCAAUACAGGUUGCCGACUAUUUGACAGCAGAGUUUUAUGACAGAAACUAUAAUCUUAGACAGAGAAUGGAUAUAUUAGAGGUUUUAGCAUCAUCAGCACAGGAGUUAUCACAGCCUGCAGAACAACCAGUGAUAAAUCCCUCUGAUAAAAAGAUUGUAGAGGUGGAGGAUGAUACCUGGCAGAGUAUUGUACAGAAGAGGAUAGAAACUAAAACUAGGAGGUUCAGUAAAGGGAAAAGUAAACCAGAACUACAGAAAACUAUGAACAGAUUUGCUCCAGUGGCUGGUCAUUUUUUCUAUCCACUAAUGACAAGAUUUGACAGAAAGGAGAACACAUUUGACAUGUUAGGAGAAGACAGCCUUGUACUAGGCAGACUCAUCUACACUUUAGGAGUAGUCAUGUAUUCUGCAAUUAACUCACCAACAGUCAAACAGAUGGCAACUGUUUUGUUAGAAUUCCUGUGGGUCUUACGUUUUCAUCAGGAUCAAAGUGUGAGACACUCCAUCUUGUUUUGUUUGUCAAUGGUGAUGCUGUCAGUACCAGGCCAUGUUUUACUGUCUCAACUUCAGUCAGAGAUAAUGGAGGCAAAACAGUGGCUAGAAGAUGUUGUUCAAAAAGAUCCUGACACAGAAUCUAAAAGACUUGCUCUCCAGUGUCUUGUUUUAUUAGAAAAUACCAUUAAACAGGAGUUUGCAGGGGAAGAACCUGCCUGAUGUAUGAAGAAAAGGUUAAUGGAUACCAAGACUGGAAACAACUUGUAAAAGUUUGACAGAAGAUGAUGUUGAUGAAUGUUAUGAAGGACAAUAAACUAAACAACUACAACCCUGAAUAUGUAGCUUGUAGGAUAAAAGAAAUGGAUGAUUUUUGUCGAGCCUGCAACUUUUGUUGCAGAAAGCUCGACAUAGGGAUAGUGAUCCGGCUGCAGCGGCUGCGUUAGCUAACUUUUUAAAAGCUUUAUAUUUUAGAGGGUGGAAGACCUGGAUGGUUCAUACUUUGUAUGUAGAUGCUUCAUGUUACGAAGUUUCUGUCAGUCACAUGUCAAAUGUCCUUGACCUCAUUUUCAUGGUUUAGUGACCACUUGAAAAAAAAGUUCAGUUAUUUUGUAAUAUUGAAUUCUCUCUUAUUAUAAGUAAUCGGAUAAUUAUAUUUGGUAUGUGCGUACAAUGUCCCCAUGCCCGUCAGACAGUUUUCACUUGACCUCGACCUCAUUUCAUGGAUCAGUGAACAAGGUUAAGUUUUGGUGGUCAAGUCCAUAUCUCAGAUACUAUAAGCAAUAGGGCUAGUAUAUUCGGUGUAUGGAAGGACUGUAAGGUGUACAUAUCCAACUGGCAGGUGUCAUCUGACCUUGACCUCACUUUCAUGGUUCAGUAGUUUUAGUCAAGUUUUUUUGUUUUGUCUGUUUUUCUCAUACUUUAUGCCAUAGGUCAACUAUAUUUGUUGUAUAGACUGAUUGUAAGGUGAACAUGUCUAGGGGGCAGAUGUCAUCUGAACUUGACCUCAUUUUCAUGGUUCAGUGGUCAAAGUUAAAAGUUUAAGUUUUGGUCUUUUUAUCUAAUAUUAGAUGCCAAAGGUCAUCUAUAUAUUUGGUGUAUGGAAAUAUUUUAUGAUCUAUAUGUCAAUCCCGCAGGUUUUAUUUGACCAUGACCUCAAUUUCACUGUUCUUUGCACAGUAUUAAGUUUUGUGUUUUGGUCUAUUUUUCUUAAACUAUAAGUAAUAGGUCAAUUAUAUUUGUUGUAUGUAUGGAAGCAAUUUUAGCUGUACAUGUCUGCCUGGCAUGGUUCAUCUGACCAUGACCUCAUUUUUAUGGUUCAUUGGUCUGUGUUUAGCUAUCUUGGUUAAUGUUAAGUUUAUGUGACAGUUGUAAUAAAGGUUUAUACUUAGGACUAUCAACAUAAUAUCAAUGAUUAGCAAAGAUGGCGAGACAUUUCAGUGUGUGCACUCUUGUUGUUUCUUCCUAACAUUAUUUGCCAUUUCAGAAUUAUCUGACUGUGGGUUAUUCCUACCAUUGUUUAUUUCAAGAAAUGAAACCAGUGUCAUGCUAUUCGUUGAAUUUCAAUAUUUUCAACAAAUCACAAUAUUUUAAUAUUCCAGUUUUUUCCUUGCCUGUAACAAAAGUUGUGAAAGCUUAGUCUUGCAGCAUUCAGCCUAAGCAUCAUCAGUAAUUGUUAAAAUUGAUAAGUUUACACUGGCAAGCUAUAUCUAUGUGUGCAUACAGUUAAUUAAAAAAAUACUUAGAAUGCUGAAGAUUUUGAAGUUUGGAAUGAUAUGGAAGUUCUGGUAUUUCAUUUUAAAUCUAACUGAUGUUUUAUUAUUAGAAUGAAAUUAAAG